AUGGCGUCAUGCGCGCGCGUCGCGUCCGCAUCCGCGUCCUCUUCGCCGCGCGCGUCGCCGCCGCCGUCCUCGCGCCGACGCGCGCCGACGCGCGCGCGCCAUCACCGAACGCGUCGGCGUUCGACGAUCGCGAGGGAUGAUGAUGACGCGAUCGACGACGACGUCGCGACGACGACGUCCUCCUCCUCGUCCAUCGCCGACGCGGAGGCGCUGCUGAUCUCGCGCCUGUCCAGCCUUCCCGGCCGCGGCGCGAACGCGUCCGCCGCGGACGAGGAGGCCAUCGCCGCGGCGCUCGCCGUCCUCGAGGCGGACGGCGGCAUCGCGCGCCCGGCGACGCGAGACGAAAUCUGCGGGACGUGGCGACUCCUGUACACGUCCAAGUCGGCGUUCGACCCGCGGAACCCGCUCGGGAAGCGCGCGGACGGCAGCGCGCCGGGGAUCGAGGGGUUGUUUAGGGCCGUGUUCGGGGACGACGCGGGAGAGAAGAUGGCGGCGGGGAUGACGAGCGCGGCGUCGUCGAGCCCGAUACAGAGAACCGUGACGUCGCUGGAGGCGUUCACGAUCCAGGCGCGUUCACGCUGUUAUUACACCGGACUUUACUUCCCGGCGGUCGUUCCUCUCCGCCCACUACCCCUCGCUGCUUUCAAUCCCGACGCACCCACCUCGACGCCUCACGACUCCGCUUCUGACGCGCCCCUGAACUCCGCCCCGACGUCGCGACGUCGCUUCGCGCGGAUCGUCGACGCGCAGCAAGCCAUCCGUCUUCGCGGCCGCGACGACGACCGCGUCGACCAGAUCGUGCAGUUCGGGGACUCGGGGUACCUGCGACUCAGCGCCGCCGCGAGCGUGGACGAGGCGAGCGCGCCGAGCCGGAUAGACUUCGCGUUCGACCUGGCGUACUUCGAGAUCAGAUCGCUUCCGCCGUUCGGGUUUAAACCUCCGGGGGGUCCGAUUCGGAUUCCCUACCCGGUGCCGUUUAAACUCCUCGGCGACGAAGCGAAAGGGUGGCUCGAGACGACGUACCUCGGCGCGGACGUGAGGGUCAGCAAGGGGAACAAAGGGACGACGUUCGUGCUCGUGAGAGAGGCGAGCGACGGCACGGGGACGCCGUUGCCGUACGAGUUUUAG